UUUACAUAGGUAUCUUGUAAAGUACUUUGUUCUCAUAUUGAUUAUUGCAACUUCUUGUCCAAACUCCAUUGCCUUGCUUGGAAGAGAAAAAUGGCAACAAAUGGCAAGACACCUGCGAUAGGAAUCGAUUUGGGCACGACAUACUCAUGCGUUGCAGUGUGGCAGCGUGAUCGAGUGGAGAUCAUCGCGAACGACCAAGGAAACAGAACAACACCCUCUUAUGUUGCUUUCAAUAACACCCAAAGGAUGAUUGGUGAUGCUGCCAAGAACCAGGCUGCUACCAAUCCAACCAACACUGUCUUUGACGCAAAGCGCCUAAUUGGUAGGAGAUUUAGUGAUCAAGAGGUUCAAAGUGAUAUGGAGCUAUGGCCAUUCAAAGUCAUUGCUGAUGUUAAUGGCAAACCAAUGAUUGCUGUUGAUUACAAUUGUGAGAAAAAGCAAUUUUCUGCAGAAGAAAUUUCAUCCAUGGUUUUGGCAAAGAUGCUUGACAUUGCAGAGUCUUUCCUUGGAUCAACAGUGAAGAAUGCUGUUAUCACUGUGCCUGCUUACUUCAAUGAUUCUCAGCGACAAGCUACUAAAGAUGCUGGUGCCAUUGCUGGCCUCAAUGUUUUGAGAAUCCUCCAUGAGCCAACUGCUGCUGCAAUUGCAUAUCGGCUUGAAAUGAAAAAUUGUAAUAAUGAUAGAAGGAACGUUUUUGUGUUUGAUCUUGGUGGUGGUACUUUGGAUGUGUCUCUUCUUGUUUUUGAGAAGGAUCAUAUCCGAGUUAAGGCAACAUCUGGAGACACUCACCUCGGAGGAGAGGACUUCGAUAACAAUAUGGUGACUUACUGUGUGAAAGAGUUUAAGAGAAAGAAUAAAAUGGACAUUAGUGGAAACAAAAGAGCCCUUAGGAGGUUGAGGACUGCUUGUGAGAAAGCAAAGAGGAUACUCUCAUGCUCUACAAUGACCACCAUUGAGGUAGACUCUUUGUAUGAUGGUAUUGAUUUCCACUCAUCAAUAAGUCGCGCAAAGUUUGAGGAACUCAACAAGGACUACCUUAACAAGUGUAUUGAGUUUGUAGGGAAGUGUCUGAUAGAUGCUAAGAUGGACAAGAGUAGUGUUCAUGAUGUUGUCCUCGCAGGUGGAUCUACUAGGAUUCCCAAAUUGCAGCAACUAUUAAGUGACUUCUUUGAUGGGAAGGAUCUCUGCAAAUGCAUCAAUGCUGAUGAGGCCGUUGCAUAUGGUGCUGCUGUCCAUGCUUAUAUGCUUAAUGGUGAGUCCAGUGAGAAGGUUCAAAACGCUUCACUUUGGGAAGUCACUCCUCUUUCCCUUGGGUUGCAAGAAGAUGGAGGUAUCAUGAAAGUAAUCAUUCCUAGGAAUACUAGCAUUCCUACAAAGAUGGAAGAUGUACUCACAACACAUUUUGAUAACCAAACCAAUAUCUUGAUUCAUGUAUACGAGGGUGAGAGGAAAAGAACUAGAGACAACAACUUGUUGGGUAAGUUUGUGCUAGAAAUUCCUCCAGUUCCGCGUGGUGUUCCUCAAAUUAGCGUUUGCUUUGAACUUGAUUAUGAUGGCAUCCUACAUGUUUCUGCCGAGGAAAAAUCUAGGGGAAUAUCCAAGAAGCUGGCCAUAACAAAUGACAAAGGAAGGCUUUCGAAGAAAGAAAUUGAAAGGAUGAUAUCAGAAGCAGAGAAGUACAAAGCUGAAGAUGAGAUGUAUAGGAACAAGGUACAAUCAAGGCAUGCAUUGGAGAAGUACGCUUACAACAUGAGGGAUGCUAUAAACAUUAAGGAGAUUAGCUUGAAGCUUUCUCCAGAAGACAAGAAAAAUAUCAAUGAUGCAAUUGAUUCUGCCUUAGAGUGGCUCGAGGUCAGCAUGGAUGCAAAACAAAAUGAUUUUGACAACAUGCGGAGCACUCUUUCUAGCGUUUUUAAUCCAGUUAUUGUGAAGAUGAUAAAGGAUGAGGAUAAUGUUGCGCCUCCAGAUACUGUUGCUAGCUCUGGUAGCAAUAGUGUGAAGAAUGGCUUGUUAUCAAUAUUGGCAAAUUUUGCUCUCGAGGCAGUGUAUUCAGCUGCUACAGGUGAUAUCAUUGGAUUUGCUUCCGUGAUUGUUGACUGUUUGUCAAAUUAGUUAGUUUAUUAAAACUUGGUAAAAUGUCAAUAGAGCAAGCGGUAAAUAAACAGCUUCUUAUUCAAAGUGUGAGUUUCUGACUAGGAACUAUUAUGAGAUUAAUUAAUGUGUAAGACUUGUUUUCUGGUGUAUCUGAUCCCAUUUUAUCAGAUUGAUUUCUUUUUCCUGCAUCUUGUCAUGCAUUGCUGGUAGUAAUAACAAAAAGACGUUCUGGUUAAAAGAAUUGGGGAAAUUCGCUCUCAAAGCAGUAUUUUUAGCUGAGGAGAAGCAAAAUGAAUAGCAUGCUAUCAACCUUAAAGGUGGCAGUUUCUGUUGUUAAUGUUGUAAUACAUGAUUUCUGGUGUAUGUGAUCCCUUUUGUCAGAAUGGUUUAUUUUUCUCUUCCUACUGCAUCUUGUUAUGCACUAUACUACUGCUAUUGGUGUUUUA